CAUUCAGCCCACAGACUGCAUAAAGAAAAAAAGAACAUAGCAUAUACACCCAACAAGGACCAGCGACGUACUGGUGCAUCACUGGACUUUGAAUGGUUACACGCAUCAUCCUGCUGCAGGAUUGCUUUUACAAGCAGUGGGAGAAAAUGCCCCCCCCCGCCUACCUUCCACAGCCUUCUCGGGCAGUCCUGUGCCAUCGGGGAAACCUGGGAAUGCAGCCGGUGUUUCUGCCAGCUAAUCAUAGAGCUGAUUGGAGACCGGAAUGGU